AUUCAGUAGAUCAGGUGGAUUUCUUUCACAUUUCUCUCUUUUCUAGCAAAGGCUACUUCAUAAACAAGUGUUUGACAUUGUUAGUUUUAAGUUUUUAAUUAAAAGCUGAGUUCAUAUAGUUUUGGUUUGAGAUGGAAAGGCAAAUAUUGAUGAUAAGUCAAUACUUGUGUCGUCUGUUCCAUAAGGCAAAGCUAUUCUUGGCUGUGUUACUGUUGCAGUUUGGGAUUGCAGGGCUGGCUAUCAUAGUCAAGAUUGCUAUGGAUGAGGGGAUGAGCCAUUACACCCUUGCUGUCUACCGCCACGCCAUUGCAACUGCUGUCAUCUUCCCCUUUGCUAUUAUCUUAGAGAGGAAGGUGAGGCCGCCGAUGACAGUAUCCAUCUUCGCCAAGAUCACAUUUCUCGGAUUGUUAGAACCAGUACUUGACCAGAACUUAUACUAUGCUGGAAUGCAGUAUACCUCAGCCACAUUCACCACAGCCAUGUCCAAUAUGCUUCCUGCCUUGACCUUCGUAAUGGCUUUCCUACUUAGGAUGGAGAAAGUGAAUAUUAGGAGACCAAGAAGCAUAGCUAAGGUGGUUGGAACUAUAGUGACAGUUGGGGGAGCAAUGCUAAUGACCCUAAUCAAAGGUCCCUCCAUAGAUUUGCCAUGGACCAAAGGAACAGGAAGCCAAGAUGGAACAGAAGCCAGUGUCCAUCAACAACCUCUUAAAGGAGCUCUUAUGAUCACAGCAGGUUGCGUCUGCUGGGCUGGAUUUGUCAUCCUGCAGGCAAUCACAUUAAAGACAUAUCCAGCUGAGCUCUCUCUCACUGUUUGGAUAUGUUUGAUGGGCACGAUCGAGGGCACCUUGGUUACGCUAGCAAUUGAACACAGUAACACUGCUAUCUGGUCUCUUCAAUGGGACAUGAAACUUGUGGCUGUCCUCUACAGUGGAAUAGUGUGUUCUGGGAUAGCUUAUUCUAUCCAAGGAGUGAUAAUGAAGGAAAGAGGACCAGUUUUCAUCACAUCCUUUAGUCCCCUAAGCAUGGUUAUUGUUGCUGUACUGAGUACUUUCAUUUUAGGAGAACUGCUAUGUCUAGGAAGCAUAAUUGGGGCAAUAGUCAUAGCCAUUGGAUUGUAUCUUGUGGUGUGGGGUAAGGGCAAAGAUCACAAGUCUUCACCAGUAGUACUAACUGAACUGCCAACGGCGAUCGCCAGUAAUGAAGAGAAGAAGAAUAAUGACAAUGAAUUAGCCAUCAUUGUUUUGGCCAAAACAGGAGUGACAACAACAACCCAAAAACCCUCUUCAACAGGAGAUUUUGAGCACUAG